AUGAAUAAUAAUCAUUAUUAUCGUCCAACAUUAACUGGUAAUAAGAAUCGACGACGAGUCCAAGAAACCAAUUUCGCAGCCAUACUAAAAAUUCACUCAAACAAAAAUGCUAAUUUAAAAAGUUCUUUGCUCUUUCAUAAUCCUAAGGAUAAUGAUAGUUAGUUUAAUUUAAUUAAUAGAUCGAUUGAUGUACCUCGCUUUAAUGACAGAUCAGCUUCAAAAUAAAGAGUUAAGACUGAAAUAGUUAAACCUAAUAUUGAUGUUCAAUUUUAAAAUCAAAAAAUUGAUUAGACUACAGCAUACUUUCCAAAAUUGAAAGAGCGAAUAGCGUUGUCAUAAAACAAAAUGUUUUAUCAAAAAGCCAAAAAUGAUGAAAUUGAAGAUUCUCCAAUUCGAGACUUGCAGAAGUCCCUUGAUUACUCGAGUCAAGCGUAGAGGACAAGAAAUCUUACUCCAAUAUAAUAAAGAACGUUAGAUGUACCUAAAUAUCAGAGCAGAUCGGAUCACUUGAAUUAAGAAGAAAUCAUGCAGUUCUCCUUUGGACUUCAAUAUAAUAGAUAGAGCAUUGAGAAACAGAAGCAAAGAUUCCCAAAAGAUAUUUUUCUUGGGGAUGUUAGAAAAGUAAAAAGAAUUUUUUAAUAAUAAUGA